GGUCGCGGUGGCGGCGGCGGCGGCAGCGGCGCCGAGGGGCUGCUGGAGGCGGAGGCGGAGGAGAGGCACGGGGCCGCCGCCAGGGCCGCUCGGGAGAUUUGUAAGAGUCCAAGACCUUCAUUCAAGUCAUGAAUAAUCUACUGGUUCCUGAAUUACCUGGGAAAACAAACACAUCAAGUGCCAGCUGAAGAGUGUGUCUUUGUAUGUCAAACCUUUCUCCACACACUCCCCUUCAGAAGAGGACAGGCUCAUUCUACACAUAGGAAAAGAAAUCCAAGCAUCAGAUGGGACAGCUCUAUACUGCUGGGGUCUGGAGUCCGUGGAGAACUGUCCAUCACCAAUGACGAAUUUUCCUGAUGGUGUUCGUGGGUAAAGCAAGUUUGCAGAGGCAGGCAUCACAGAGAGUAAGCCUCAAGAAUACCUCUCCAGCGUAGAGAAGGAGCAGCCUUGAACACUGGACUGAAACUCAAUAACUUUUACUGUGGUUGUGGUUCAAGUGACGGGCAGACCUGAAAAGGAACAGGUUCCUUUGCAUCUUUAGCUAACUGUUGGACAAUUUUUUAUUUAUUGUUUAUCUUUUUUCUUUUCUGCAUAUAUAAGGUAUUUUAAAAUACUAAUUGGAACUGUCAGUUACAAAAUAAAUAUCAAGGAAAAACCUUUCUUGGUCUAAAGGUGUGUGAACAGGCUUGAAUGUGAACAGGAAGGUGCCAUUCAGCAGAGUGCAGAGCUACUCUCAAGAGAUGCUACAGCUUGGGGGACUCUGAUACACACUUGGGUGAAUGGCUUCAAGACUUGCAUAUGAGAGGAAGAUUAUUUAAUGGACUUAAUUCUAAGACUGCUUUUUUUUUCAUAAAGAUAGAAUAAUACCUGAUCUUUAGGAGCAGAAGAGCCGAGAGACGAGUUUAAGGAGAAGCAAACUCCUGCAGCCUCUCAGUCAGCAAGGACAAGGAAAGCACUUGGUCCAGUCUGAAGCUCUAGCCUCCACCUCUGCUGAGGAGAGGGGCUUUGCUCCUGUCCCUAUGGCACUGAGGGGUGCUCCAACCAACGGAGGAGUCAUUCUAGGGAGCCCCGUGUUCCUAGGGACACAGGGCCAGUCUUGGAGACAGAAAGCUUCUGAUUGUGAACAGUGGGAAAAAGUGUUUUGCUCCCUAAACUUUGGGCCGCUGUCUGCACACGAGCUCCGGUCUGAGUUUGCACGCUAGUGUGCCUUUUCUCUUAGGCAAGCUUUUCAGCUAUACAGCAGAAAUUUGUCUAGAAAUUCAGAAAAUGUGCCAGAGGGUGGCUUCAGAAGGAAGAUGAUCUUGUAUUGUCUGCAUUUGAACUUUUGAAUAGAAAAUUCCAUUUAGAGGGAUUCUUACUGCCUUAAGUUACUUGAAAUCUAUGUAUUCGCAACCCUUUAUCUCUGGAAUCACAUUACACAAAACUGGACUCUCAGGCUGAGAAUAACCAAACUGAGCAAAGGCGAAGAGAACUGGUUCUCCAUCACCACUUACUAACAGCUCUUUCUCCAAAGGAUUGGCAUGUUUUUCCCCUAAGAACCUGAAAAUGAAAACGGACCCCAUGUGUUUUUAGGCAUUGCCUUUCUUAGCAGACUGAUGAUAUCUUUUAUAAAGGAAUUUUUUUUCACUAUGCAUUUGGUGGAUCUUUAUAAAAUACUGACCUAAUUAGACUCUAGGUCAGUUGUAACUAAAGGAGAAAACACCAAACCAACCGAGUUCAGCCACAAAAAUAAGCCAAUGAAAGAACUUGGUUUGAAAUUCUCAGUACUUUUUAAGUGAAAUAAUUCAUUGUAAAAAGUAUGUAUGCAGCGGUGGAACAUGGGCCUGUGCUUUGCAGUGACUCCAACAUCCUCUGCCUGUCCUGGAAAGGGCGUGUCCCCAAGAGUGAGAAGGAGAAGCCUGUGUGUAGAAGACGAUACUAUGAAGAAGGAUGGUUGGCCACAGGCAAUGGGCGCGGUGUGGUGGGGGUGACUUUCACCUCUAGCCACUGUCGCAGAGAUAGGAGUACUCCACAGAGGAUAAACUUCAACCUGCGAGGCCACAACAGUGAGGUUGUGCUGGUGAGAUGGAAUGAGCCAUACCAGAAACUGGCCACGUGUGAUGCAGAUGGAGGAAUAUUUGUAUGGAUUCAGUAUGAAGGCAGGUGGUCUGUGGAACUGGUCAAUGACCGUGGGGCUCAGGUGAGUGACUUCACAUGGAGCCACGAUGGGACUCAAGCGCUUAUUUCAUACCGCGACGGGUUUGUCCUGGUCGGUUCUGUCAGCGGACAAAGACACUGGUCAUCUGAAAUCAACUUGGAAAGCCAGAUCACAUGUGGUAUAUGGACUCCUGAUGACCAGCAGGUGUUGUUUGGCACAGCAGAUGGACAGGUGAUCGUCAUGGACUGCCAUGGUAGAAUGCUGGCCCACGUCCUUCUGCACGAGUCUGAUGGCAUCCUCAGCAUGUCCUGGAAUUACCCCAUCUUCCUGGUGGAGGACAGCAGCGAGAGUGACACGGACUCGGAUGAUUACUCUCCGCCCCAAGAUGGUCCUGCGGCAUACCCCAUCCCUGUGCAGAACAUCAAGCCUCUGCUCACUGUCAGCUUCACCUCGGGAGACAUCAGCUUAAUGAACAACUAUGAUGACUUGUCCCCCACUGUCAUCCGUUCAGGGCUGAAAGAGGUGGUGGCCCAGUGGUGCACACAGGGAGACUUACUGGCAGUUGCUGGGAUGGAGCAGCAGCCCCAGCUCAGCGAGCUGCCCAAUGGUCCUCUUCUGAAGAGUGCCAUGGUCAAGUUCUACAAUGUCAGAGGGGAGCACAUCUUCACGCUGGACACGCUUGUACAGCGCCCCAUCAUCUCCAUUUGUUGGGGCCAUCGGGACUCCCGGCUGCUCAUGGCCUCAGGCCCAGCCCUGUACGUGGUUCGAGUGGAGCACCGAGUGUCCAGCCUCCAGCUGCUGUGCCAGCAGGCCAUCGCCAGCACCCUCCGAGAGGAUAAGGACGUCAGCAAGCUGACCUUGCCCCCUCGACUCUGCUCCUACCUGUCCACUGCCUUCAUUCCCACCAUCAGGCCCCCGAUUCCAGACCCCAACAACAUGCGAGACUUUGUCAGCUACCCCUCAGCUGGCAAUGAGCGGCUGCACUGCACCAUGAAACGUACAGAGGAUGACCCAGAGGUCGGUGGGCCCUGCUACACACUCUACCUGGAGUACCUGGGAGGACUCGUGCCUAUUCUCAAGGGGAGGCGCAUUAGCAAGCUGCGGCCAGAGUUUGUCAUCAUGGACCCUCGGACAGACAGCAAAUCAGAUGAGAUCUAUGGGAACAGCUUGAUUUCUACCGUGAUUGACAGCUGUAACUGCUCAGACUCCAGCGACAUUGAACUGAGUGAUGACUGGGCUGCCAAGAAGUCUCCCAAAAUUUCCAGAGCUAGCAAAUCGCCCAAACUUCCAAGGAUCAGCAUCGAGGCCCGCAAGUCACCCAAGCUGCCCCGGGCUGCUCAAGAGAUUUCUCGAUCUCCCCGAUUGCCCAUGCGCAAGCCCUCCAUGGGCUCGCCCAGCCUGACUCGGAGAGAGUUUCCUUUUGAGGACAUCACUCAGCACAACUAUCUUGCUCAGGUCACAUCGAAUAUCUGGGGAACCAAAUUUAAGAUUGUGGGCUUGGCCGCGUUCCUCCCAACCAACCUCGGUGCAGUAAUCUAUAAAACCAGCCUGCUGCAUCUCCAGCCGCGGCAGAUGACCAUUUAUCUCCCAGAAGUUAGGAAGAUUUCCAUGGACUAUAUUAACCUACCCGUCUUCAACCCAAACGUUUUCAGUGAAGAUGAGGAUGACUUACCAGUUACUGGAGCAUCGGGUGUCCCUGAAAACAACCCACCUUGUACUGUGAACAUCCCUAUUGCACCAAUCCACAGCUCAGCUCAAGCUCUGUCCCCCACACAGAGCAUAGGGCUGGUACAGUCCCUGCUGGCCAAUCAAAAUGUGCAGCUGGAUGUCUUGACCAAUCAGACAACAGCUGUGGGGGCAGUAGAGCAUGCAGGUGACGCUGCCACCCAAUACCCAGUUUCCAGUCGCUACUCCAAUCCUGGACAGGUGAUUUUUGGAGGUGUCGAAAUGGGCCGCAUCAUUCAGAACCCUCCUCAGUUGCCUUUGCCGCCACCGCCGCCGCCGCCACCACCACCACAGCCACAGCCACAGGGGCCUCUGCAGCUGUCUGUGGUGGACCAUGAGCACCUGCAGAAGUCAGCCAAGGCCCUGCGGCCAGUGCCUCAGCUGGCAGCUGAGGGGGAUGCAGUGGUUUUCAGUGCCCCCCAGGAGGUCCAGGUAGCAAAGAUGAAUCCCCCACCCCCCUACCCUGGAACCAUCCCUGCUGCCCCCACCACUGCAGCACCUCCACCCCCUCUGCCACCACCCCAGCCCCCAGUGGAUGUGUGUCUGAAGAAGGGAGAUUUCUCCCUCUGCCCCCCGGCAGCACACUACCAGCCUCCCCUAGGCUAUGAAAGGAUCACCACCUUUGACAGCAGUGGCAAUGUGGAAGAGGUGUGCCGGCCUCGCACUCGGAUGCUCUGUUCCCAGAACACCUACACCCUUCCUGGUCCAGGUAGUUCUGCUACCUUGAGACUCACGGCCACCGAGAAGAAGGUCCUCCAACCCUGCACCAGUGCCACUCUGAACCGCCUGACUGUCCCUCGAUACUCCAUCCCCACAGGGGAUCCACCUCCGUACCCUGAAAUUGCUAGUCAGCUGGCCCAGGGACGGAGUGCUGCUCAAAGACUGGACAACAGUCUCAUCCAUGCCACCCUACGAAGAAACAACCGUGAGGUUGCACUUAAGAUGGCCCAGCUAGCUGACAGCUCCCGCCCCCCACUGCAGCCCCUGGCCAAGCCUAAGGGUGGCCCCAGUGGGCCGGUGGCACAGCUCCCAGCAAGGCCUCCACCUGCCCUGUAUACCUGCAGCCAGUGCAGUGGAGCCGGGUCCAGCUCACAGCCAGGGGCCGCCCUGGCCCAUGCUAUCAGCACCUCCCCUCUGGCCUCCCAGUCCUCCUACAAUCUGCUGAGCCCUCCGGACACCUCCCGGGAUCGCACUGACUAUGUCAAUUCCGCCUUCACAGAGGAUGAAGCCCUGUCCCAGCACUGUCAGCUGGAGAAGCCUCUGAGGCAUCCCCCUCUUCCUGAAGCUACUGUCACAGUGAAGCGGCCUCCCCCUUACCAGUGGGACCCUGUGCUGGGUGAGGAUGUUUGGGUUCCUCAGGAAAGGACAGCACAGCCUGCAGUGCCCAACCCCUUAAAACUGUCCCCUCUGAUGCUAGGGCAAGGCCAGCACCUGGACGUAGCUCGAGUGCCCUUCGUGUCUCCCAAGUCUCCGUCCAGCCCCACUGCCACCUUCCAGACAGGGUAUGGCAUGGGAGUGCCAUAUCCAGGCAGCUACACCAACCCCUCUUUGCCUGGAGUGCAGGCUCCAUGCUCCCCUAAAGAUGCCCUGUCGCCAGCACGGUUUGCACAACAGGAGUCCGCUGUCGUUCUCCAGCCAGCCUACCCACCCAGUCUCUCCUAUUGCACCUUGCCCCCCACAUACCCAGGAAGCAGCACAUGCUCCAGUUUACAGCUGCCACCUAUCGCCUUGCACCCUUGGAGUUCCUACAGCACCUGCCCGCCCAUGCAAAACCCCCAGGGCACUCUCCCCUCCAAGCCCCACUUAGUGGUGGAGAAACCUCUUGUGUCCCCACCACCUGCUGAGCUCCAAAGCCACAUGGGCACGGAGGUGAUGGUAGAGACUGCAGACAAUUUCCAGGAAGUGCUCUCUCUGACAGAGAGCCCUGUCCCCCAGAGAACAGAAAAGUUUGGAAAGAAGAACCGGAAGCGCCUGGAUAGCCGAGCAGAGGAGGGAAGUGUUCAGGCCAUCACUGAGGGAAAAGUAAAAAAGGAUGCGAGGACUUUGAGUGACUUUAAUUCUCUCAUCUCCAGCCCCCGCCUGGGGAGAGAGAAGAAGAAAGUGAAAAGUCAGAAAGACCAACUGAAAUCCAAGAAGUUGAACAAGACGAACGAGUUCCAGGACAGCUCCGAGAGCGAGCCUGAGCUGUUCAUCAGCGGGGAUGAGCUGAUGAACCAAGGCCAGGGCAGCAAGAAGGGCUGGAAGAGCAAGCGGAGCCUGCGGACCGCCAGCGAGCUGGAGGAGUUCAAGUGCCGCAAAGCCAGCGAGAAGGAGGACGGGCGGCUGGGCAGCCAGGGCUUUGUGUAUGUGAUGGCAAACAAACAGCCUCUGUGGAAUGAAGCCACCCAGGUGUACCAGCUGGACUUUGGAGGAAGAGUGACCCAGGAAUCUGCCAAGAACUUCCAGAUCGAGCUGGAGGGGCGGCAGGUGAUGCAGUUUGGACGGAUUGACGGUAAUGCCUACAUCCUAGACUUCCAGUACCCCUUCUCGGCUGUGCAGGCUUUCGCCGUUGCCCUGGCCAACGUGACUCAGCGCCUGAAGUGAAGAGACAGAUGCAGGAGGAGACAUGCCAGGAGCUGUCGGAGGAAGACAUGCUGCUGCUGCUGCUGCUGCUGAUGCUGCCCAGGAGGAGUGGGGACCAUGGCGGGAGAAGAAGCCAGCAGGCCAGGAGGGCGCUGAUCAUAGGCAUGGUCAUUGUCCAGUUACCCUUACUGUCCCUCCUUUCUUCUUUGGAUAGAGUGGUGUUUGAAAGCCAAGACUGUGAGCUCUCUUGUGUUCUUGAAGGCAGUGUAGCUUGGCUAUAGAAUGUUUUACUGGUUUACUUUUCAGUUACUAGGACAAGGGCCUUUGGAAAGAAGACAGAAUAGCUUCGAGCCUGCUCUUCUUUUAGACAUAGGGAGCGUGUGUUAGUGUUCAUUCUUCAUGUCAUUUGGCCUCUGUUACCCUUCCAACAUUAUAACUAGUGCAAAAAAAACUUUUCUUUCAACACAACCAAAACUCUGGAGGAGUCAGCUUGUCUUGUGGGGGAGGACAGUGCUUAAUUCACACACAUGUGCUGCUCACUAGAAGGUACCUGUAUGAGUGAAGGACACAUAUGCAAAUGCCUUGGGCUCUGCUGAUGUAAGCCAAGGUAAAUUGGGUGCUGUCACCAGUGUGACUAUGAGGAGAGACACUGCCCUUGGAGACAGACCUACAACACUCUGCAGACACCUGGGUGAGUUGGUGGUAUGGCUCGUGCAAGGCUAUUCUCUUCCAAGGAUACUGGUUGGAAACCCCACUAGUUUCUUGACAAAGUCAGAAUCUCAUCUGACUUUGGGAGAAGGUAGGAGCUAUCCGUGGGUAGAUCCAGACUUGGGCAAAGCUGGGCUUAUAUCACAGUCAUCAGAAUGGUCAAUCACCAGGUACCUUCACUUGUCAAGAAACCUCCUUUGUUCUCCCUAAUCCUUUGUUUGUUUUAAUCCAGAACAUUUUACUGUAAACAUCUUUCAUUUAGGUCUCAUUUACUCUGCCUUUUCUGAAGUGUGAAGGAGACUUGGUUUGAGGCUACACCACUCCUUCCCUUGGCCACAUUAAAAUUCAGCUGAUUUGAAGGCUUUCCUUCAAUUACAAGUGUGAUCAAAAUAUCUGUACAUUUCCCAGGAUAUUAAAAGAUAAAGCUAUGGUCAGCUCUUUGGGAAAAGCUCCACAGUAUUCUCUACGGGAAAAGGAACCGUCUUUGGGUGUACAGACUGUACUGGAAGAGGAACCACUGGAAAACCUUGUUAAGACAUCCAACGUAGGUAGUUGGCUGUCUGUACUCAUUCCUCCUGUCUGUAGAGUCCUUGCCCGGCUUCUUCUCCUCGUGGGAACACACCUUGGGCAAAUGUCCAGACCUUAUAGUAAGAAGCAGUUCACGUUGCCAUGGUUCUUAGCUGUGGUGGUGUUCGUCACCAGAGCACAGGAACUGUCUGCUGGCUUUGACUAAGUCUGGGUUUUAUUUGAAAACUGACAAGUGGAAGAUGCUACAGGAAAUUCUUUUUAGCUGAAACAUUGUUUGUGUUUUUGUUUUUUCUUGCAUUUGGUUUAAGAAUUAGAAAAGAAACUGUCUGGUUUCUUGAUCUGAGAAAAUUAAAUGACUUCUCAUUCUUCCCAAAUUCCAAAGAGACACUAACAAGGACUUCUCCCAGCAGAUACUGGAGUUUUCCUAUCACAGUUGAAAUAUGGAAGCUGAUUCUCAAGGGUCAGCUGUCCCAGCAAGAGUUGUUAGUCCAUUGGAUGACUGUUGGUUCACCUUCGUUUCUGUAGCUUGAAAAGGUGUGUAGUGCUUUCCGUCAGUUGUGCAAUACGGCUGUAGCCUUUCAGUUGAUGAAAUAAUUUAAAUGCAGUUUCCUUUGUUUUGUUGUCUGAGAGAGUUAUUUAUCUUGUUCUUUAUAGUAUUCUUGGGAACUAUUUUGUUAACUAUGUAUUGGUGAUUUAUGCCCAUUUCAUUAUUUAUUUAGAAAAAUAGUACCUUUGUAAUGACUUAUUUGGUGGCAAUAUAUUUUGCUGCAAAAAAUAAAGAGAAUAUGACAAGAUUUUUUUUUGCGGGAUAAUUUGUAACUUUCUUGAGAAUUGGGAGAAAAUCCUCUUAAUCCCUUAAAAGAUAAAUUCACUCUUUAUCUCAGUAUUGAUUGUAUGCAAAAUAGGCUAUUUCUUUGAGAUAGCAUACCCGAAGGUAGUAUUUUUUCUUAUUUUGAAAAUUUUAGUUAAAAAUAAAAAGUGAUAGGACAUAAGGAAAAGUGAGACCUUAGAUAAGAGUCGCAAAAGAGGGACCUUAAUCAAUAACCUUCAAAAUUUUUUAGUUCUAACUGGCUUUUUGCAAAAGCUGCAAAGGUUAUACUUAUAACUUUGCUAAAUAAGAUCAAAUAUGGAGGAAAUCGUCUCUGAAAGGUAUUUUUCAUCCAUGGAGAUGCAGGUUUCCUGUCUUGAAUAAUGUGUGACCUGUGAGCUGCAGAAUAGAGCAAGAGCGUCUUCCACCCUCUAGACUCCUCUCCCAGUCUAAGGAGGAGGAGGAGUCUCAGGUACCACGGGUGCAAUAGGCUGCUGGCUGCUGCAGUCGGGACACAGUGUCACGUAAGAUAAUUGCUUCUUUUCAAAAUUGCAUCGUCUAGUCAACAUCAUUGGGUUAAAUUCUCCUCAAGUUAAGACUUCAAGUAACAGAAUUCUAGGUGCUUCAUGGUUAUUAACAGCAAUUUGUGAAUGUUGCAAUGUCUCAUUGGAUCCCUAAAUUAAAAAACAGUCAACUCCAUAAAGACUUUUAGAAAAACAGUAUAUUAAUAAACAAAAACCAGCAUUAAAUUUGUUUGGCUCUAACCUCAUCAAAACAGAGGUCAUAGAUGUUUGUAACAGUUACCCAUUUGAAUCUAUAUCCUGAGAAAAACUGGACCAAUAAAGCUAGGAAUACUCAGAGCUCUAAUGGACACAGGAAGCAAAAGCUUGUGCAUGUUGGUCCUUUUCAUCCACACUCCUGCUACCCUGUGGAAUGUCCAUUCUGUCAUCAAAGGUCAGGGGGCCAAGGUUGAAUUGCUCUGUCACAGGGGUGGAGAGUGACUCUGGGCAAGCCCUGGGGGUGUCUGGCCUCCUUUGUCCAUCUCUUAAAUGAAAGGGAUGCCUAUGCAAACUUGAAAACUCCAUUCUAGCUCCAGUAGCCUAAUUCAGCAGCUCAUCUUCCCCUUCAUGAGGGUGAAAGUAUGUUUCAAAACGUGGUCUUUUUGUAGGAAAAAAAACAAAACAGUUCUUUUCCUGAGUCAAAGCUGUCUACUUGAACAGAAACCAGCAUGUUUACCAUGUCUGUGAAAGUUCACCCCUAAAAUAAUGUCUUUGGAACCAUGUUUAGUCUACUAAAAUUACAGAAGUACCAAAUCCAAGUACAGUGGAAGUCCCUAUGAGGGUGCUUUCUCCUCAGUGGGCUCCCGGAAGUUAAAUGAGGGACUGUAUUGAGAGCGGGUUCAGAAAGGAAAGGAGUGUCACUCAUAGCUUGCCUCCUUUAGAGCAUUCAUGUGUAAGAGUACUAGACUUGUUCAAACAAAUUUGAGAAAGGGACCGUGGGAAGGGAGCCCGUGCUGUCCCUGCCUGGGCUGUGGAUGGGUUGACAUUAGCUGUUUCCAGGUGUCAUUUGAGAUCCUGGACUUGAUGGCAGCAUACAUUUCAGAACUUCACCACGGUGUAUCUAUCUCCUUAUCUCUGGCUGAUAAGCUCUGGAGGACUGUGGCUUAUUUUGUUUCCUCCUCCCCCCCCCCAGCUUUGUGCAGUUUUCUUGUGACUUUAAUUGAAUCUGUAUUUUCUGUUUACAAGUUGAUUUUAAGGGGAAGGGUAGGAUUUUAGGAUCUUGUUUAUUGUAGAUAAUUUUUUUCUCGUGUUGUAGAAAAGCAUGGGUUAUACAUUCGAGUGGAAAAGGCACUGUAUUAUUUACCAAAGGUGUGUUGUUUGCAUUUGUCUAUAAAGCAUUCUUUUAGUCCUGUAAAUUUGGACAUAAUUUCCAAGUUUACUGCUGUUGCUACUGCUGGCAUCUUUCUCCUUCUCUCAUCUUUUUAUUCUCAUAAAUGUGCAUUGUGGGUGCAUAGGUCACAGACCAGACGAGACCACCAGCAUGUUCUUGUCCAUACUUUGGGAACAGCGUGCACUGUUUUGUACACGUCAGCCCCCCCCCAUCCCUGCCAUGUUGGUUUUUAUCUUUUGUUCGUUCAGCAUCUUGCUUUGUUUAACUUUGCAGACGAGAUCUGUGGGGAGUCACCAUUGAUUUCCGGUGAGCUCUCCCGUAUCUGCCUGUGUUUGUAUGGCUUUGUAGUCUCCGUUGUGCAGGAAGUAUGCUAGAAGGGAUUAAUGGUUUGCAUUCAGAAUGAUGUAGUUUGUCUAAAUUAUUUUGCCUAUGUUAUUGAGAUGGGUUACUCUCAUUUUUUUCUUGAUGAUUUGAAAUUGUAAGAUUUGUCCAGCUAUUGCUUAAUAAAAUUUUGCAGAUCAAAAAAAAA